AUGUGUCGAUGGUUCGCAUACAUCUCUCCGUCCGAGGAAUGUCUCCUGGAAGACGUCCUGAUCACUCCGCCGCACGGCCUGGCAAAGCAAGUGCACGAGCACUACCUGCCCAAACUCUUCUCGCACACGCCGGGCGAGGAGACGACGGGCCAAGAGAUCACGCUGCGCAACCGGCUCUUCAACGUCGACGGGUUCGGCAUGGCAUGGUACACUUGUGCGCGGUCCGACUUUGAAAAACCAACCACCACCACCACGGGAACCACAGGAAUCACAGCUCACCCACGACCGGCCGUGUACAAGAACUCGCAGCCGCCGACCAACGACGCCAACUUCCACAGCAUCUGCGCCAACACGGCGACGACGGCGCUGUUCGCGCACAUCCGCGCCGCGACGGGCGCGUCGUCGGUGGCCACCAUCAACAACCACCCGUUCACCUUCGGCCGGCACACGGUCAUGCACAACGGCCUCAUCUCCGACUUUGCAGACGUGCGUCGCGCCAUGCUCCCCCUGAUCGCGAAGGCAGAGUACGAGAACGUCCGGGGCACCACGGACUCGGAGCACCUUGCCGCGCUCUACAUGACGAAUUUGACCAGACCUAGAUCCGCCACCACCGCCGCCGCCGCCGCCGCCGCGGCGACCCCGACGAGCACAUCCUCGUCAAAAUCAAAAUCAAAAUCAAAAUCAAGUCCAAGUUCAGAUUUGGCGACGGCAUGGUCCCAGACGUACCCGCCUUCCGAGAUGCUCAGCGCCCUGGUCGACGCGUUCAAAUCCGUCAUCGCACUUCAACAGGAGACGCUGGGCGCCGAGAACGUCAAGGCCUGCUCGCUCAACGUGUGCUGCACCGACGGCGAGCAACUCGUCGCCGUGCGCCUGCGCAACCACCCCACCGAGCAGCCGCCCAGCCUGUACUACUCGACCACGGCCGGCGUCACGCUCAACAGGAAGUACCCGGGUUCGGCCGCGGGCGCACACGAGCAAAACAACACCGACACCGACACCGACACCGACACCGACACCGACGCGACCAAGAAGGCGCCCGCCGAGCACGGGAGGCACGUCAUCGUCGCGAGCGAGCCCACCACCUACAAGCCGGGCGAGUGGACGCUGAUCGAGAAGAACCACGCCCUGCUCGUCGACGCGCGGGGGAACGUGACCGUCGAACCCGUCCACUUGCCUCUGGACUUGAUGGCACAGGCGGCCACGGGGAAGAGUUUCUAA